AUAGAAUUAUGUCUGCUGGACUUCGCAACGCGUUUAAAACUGCCAAAGAACAAAAUCGUCCUGCCUUUGUUACCUUUAUUACUGCUGGAUACCCUUCACCUGAAGAUACAGUAGAAAACUUAUUGGCUUUGGAAAGAGGUGGUGCGGAUGUUAUUGAAUUAGGUAAGGAUAAAGAGAAAGAAAGAAAGAGGGGGUGAGAAUGAAAGAGUAAAUGCUUGUAUGAUAGGUAUUCCUUUCACUGAUCCUCUUGCCGAUGGACCUACGAUUCAAUAUGCAAGCACUCAAUCACUCAAACAUGGUACAGAUAUUCCCAUGUGUCUUCAAAUGGUACGUGAUGCUCGUGCAAAAGGCCUCAAGGUACCCAUUGUCUUUAUGGGCUACUACAACCCUGUCCUUGCUUAUGGUGAAGAAAAGAUGGUACAGGAUUGUAAAGAAGCUGGUGUGAACGGAUAUAUCUUGGUUGAUUUACCACCUGAAGAAUCCCACAACUUCCGCGGCAUCUGUUACAAGCACGGUCUCUCUUAUGUUCCAUUAAUCGCACCAUCCACUACCGAGCAACGUAUCGAACUUUUGUCCAAGAUUGCAGAUUCAUUCAUCUAUGUUGUCUCUCGUAUGGGUGUCACUGGAUCCCGAGAUUCGAUCAAUGCCGAAUUACCAGCCAUCAUUGCUCGUAUUAAGAAAUAUACCUCAGUCCCAUUAGCUGUUGGCUUUGGUGUAUCGACUCGAGAACAUUUCGUUGAAGUAGGUGCUCAUGCCGAAGGUGUCGUUAUCGGUUCACGCCUGAUUACUGUCACAAAGGAUGCUCUUGAGAAAAAUCAAAAGGUGCCCGAGGUCAUUCAACAGUACGCUGCUGAAGUCUGUGGACGCAAACACUCUGUUGAAACCUACGCUGCUAGUGAAGCAAAUCAAGCAGAUAUUGAAGUUAAUGAUGCUGCUGGCCGUGGACCCUUCUCACCUGAUGAUAUCAAGAACUUUUACCAAUUAGCUACUCGUUUUGGUGACUUUGGUGGUGCUUAUGUUCCUGAGGCCCUCGUUGACUGUCUUACUCAAUUAGAAUCCUGCUUUAUCGAUGCCAUGAACGAUCCUUCGUUUAGACAAGAAUUCGAGUCCUACUAUGACUAUAUCUCUCGUCCUUCUCAACUUCAGCUCGCUAGCCGUUUAACGGAAGAGGCCGGUGGUGCACGUAUCUGGUUAAAGCGUGAAGACUUGAAUCAUACUGGAUCUCACAAGAUCAAUAAUGCAGUUGGCCAAAUUCUCUUAGCUAAGCGCUUGGGUAAGACACGUAUUAUUGCUGAAACAGGAGCUGGUCAACACGGUGUGGCAACUGCCACUGUAUGUGCCAAGUUUGGCUUGGAAUGUGUAGUCUAUAUGGGUGAAGAAGAUUGUCGUCGUCAAGCAUUGAAUGUAUUCCGUAUGAGAAUGCUCGGUGCUACUGUCGUUCCCGUCAAAGAUGGCUCUAGAACAUUAAAGGAUGCAAUUAACGAAGCUAUGCGUGACUGGGUGGCUAAUGUAUCCAAUACACACUACCUUGUUGGCUCAGCUAUUGGCCCUCAUCCUUUCCCUAUGAUCGUCCGUGAAUUCCAAUCGGUAAUUGGCAGAGAAACAAAGCGACAGAUGCUUGAGAAGGCAGGCAAAUUACCCGACGCUGUUGUUGCUUGUGUCGGUGGUGGUUCUAAUGCUAUUGGUAUGUUUCAUCCUUUUGUAGAAGAAGAAUCUGUUCGUAUUGUUGGUGUUGAAGCUGGUGGCGACGGUGUUCACACUGAAAAGCACUCUGCUACAUUGUCCAAGGGUACACCCGGUGUCCUUCAUGGCACUCGUACCUACCUCUUACAAGAUACCAAGGGACAAAUUAUUGAAACACACUCUGUCAGUGCCGGCCUGGACUAUCCUGGUGUUGGUCCUGAACAUGCUUAUCUGAAGGACAGUGGUAGAGCCGAGUAUCGUGUAGCUGAUGAUGCUCAGUGCUUGAUUGGAUUUAGAAAAUUGACUCAAUUGGAAGGCAUCAUUCCUGCUUUGGAAUCUUCUCAUGCUAUCUAUGCUGCUCUUGAGUUAGCUAAAGAACUCCCCAAGGAUAAGGACAUUGUUAUCUGUCUUUCUGGUAGAGGUGAUAAAGAUAUGCAUACAGUGGUUGAAGUGUUACCCAAGUUGGGACCCAAGAUCGGUUGGGACUUACGCUUUUAAUUUCACUUUAUAAUCUCUGUUCUUCUUGUAUCAUAGCUUCACACACAUAUAUAUAUAAAUAUUUAUGUUUAUUAUUGUAAUAAAAAC